UGAGCUUGAUUGAUGUAGCGUUUUCCCCGACCUGCCAUCUACGGGCGGCGGGCUCGUGUGAUAUCCGGUGUUUUUUCUGACAUGUUGAUAUGAUUUGUGCGAAGAUCUCUGCGGGCGUUGGGUCGUUGUCGUUUAGCCUUGUGUCUGUCUCUCUCUCUGUCUGUCUGUCUGUCUGUCUGUCUGUGGGUAUGUGUGAUUGGCAUUGUGCUUGUGCUUGUGCUUGUGCUUGUGUGAUUCAUGUUGACCUACCUACAUGCUCUUUUUCUCCUUACGACUCUGGCUGGUUUAUGAGCGUGGGAACGGUGUCCGGGUCCUUACUUCCCUUCGGAGUGCGCCAUAGACCAGGAUUAUUGCUUUUGAUAUAGCAGUCGCGGGUGACUGACGGACUGACUAGCCGAAUGAUAUGAUAUGAUACGCACGAUGCC